AUGGCUGCCAAAUUAGCCAAAAUGCAUAUCCCUGAUAGGUUCUACGAAGAAAUCUACCAACGGGGAAGCCAUAAGUUCUUAUCAGGGGCAGAGUAUGCCAGACGGGCUGCAUUAAACGAAGAAGCGAUUAUCCAACUUGAAAGCAUUGGGUACCGGUCCCGAUCACCCACCGAAAUCGAUCGGCAAAGACGUAAUCGUAUUCCGUAUCUUGAACGCAAGAAGCUGCGCCAGUAUCCUGAACUGUGUGGGUAUUUGGACAAGACGGACGAAGAAGAAUUUGUGAGAUUGGACGAGGAGAUCAAGGCUCUAUAA